CCGCCGGAGGAGGAGGCUGGCCGGAGCCUCCAGCCUGGUGGAGGAGGAAGAGGCGGUGAAGGGGCGCCGCGCGGCCCGAGAUGCCCCUUUUGAGCGUGCCCAAAGAAGUGGCCGUCGGGACGGCGAUGCUGGGGGUGGCCUUCGCCGCCGGGGUGCUCGCAGGUAAAAGAUGCCCUUCUUUAGUUUUUGGGAUACCCAAAUCAUCCAAGAGUAUUAUCGGGAAAAGCAGUCCUCUCUGGCAGUACAUACUUGAUCACUCUUUGCGUGAACACCCGAUUCUAAAGAAGUUGCGACUGCUCACUGCUGAUCAUCCCUGCGGUAGAAUGAUGGUGUCCUGUGACCAGGCUCAGCUCAUGGCAAAUUUGGUCAAACUCAUUAAGGCCAAGAAAGUUAUUGAAAUAGGUGUUUUCACGGGUUAUAAUACCUUGAAUAUGGCCCUUGUCCUGCCAGAUAACGGCAGAGUUAUUGCCUGUGAUAUAAACGAGGACUAUGCCAAAAUUGGAAAGCCGCUAUGGAAAGAGGCAAGAGUAGAGCAUAAAAUUGACCUGAGGAUUAAGCCAGCAAUUCAAACACUUGAUGAACUGCUGGCCAGUGGAGAAGCAGAAACCUUUGACUUUGCUUUCAUUGAUGCGGAUAAAGAAAGCUACAAUGAGUACUAUGAAAAAUGUUUGCGCCUCAUAAGGAAAGGGGGAAUAAUCGCUAUUGAUAAUGUCCUUAGGAGUGGAAAGGUGCUAAAACCAAGGAAGGAUGACUUCGAAACCCAGAGCAUCCACCACCUCAAUGAGAAGCUUCUCAGAGAUGCACGAGUCAACAUCAGCAUGCUUCCAAUGGGGGAUGGAGUCACAUUAGCAUUCAAGCUGUAACUGGAGGCAGCCCUGCACAUGGGGAACAAUCAGCCAUGUCAAGUCAUCAGGAAGAAUGCAGGCAGAGCAAUAUCAAAAAAUAGUUAUUUAACCUGUAUCUCCACUGGAUAGUAUAGCCUGGGAAAGAACAUGUUAGGAGCAGCAGGAUUCUAAUGACAGCUAACUUGAGAACAGAGACUUAUUUUGAGAUUUACAGUGGUUUCUUAUUUUACUUGUAAUAAAGCAAGUUAACUUUCAUGAAGUUGUCCUUGUAAGCCAGUGGUUAAAGAAAAUCUCCCUCUGUACAAUGACAAAGUUGCAAGAGAGUCAAUACAACAAAGUCAUUUUCUCUCCUAAAAGAGGCUACAGAGUAGCAGAAUAAUCAAAAGGAAAAGAAGUGGAGUUUACUAAUGUUAAAAGCCAUAAUAGAAAAGUGGAUUUUUAAUUAAAUAUACAUGAUAUUAAAGA